AUGGGUAAGUCUAAAACUGCUAGACAGGCGGGUGGAAACAGAAUUAAGAAGAUAAAGAGCAGAAAGAAUGUAAUUUCUCAAUCUGAGAGGAAAAAGAACAAGCUGAUAGUGGAAAAAUUCAAUCAGCAAACGAUUACAAAUGUCCAAGAAUUGAAUAAAGACUUGAAGAAAGAUAAGAGAAGACUUUCGAAGACUAAAAAUGCAUUAGAAACCAAGAAACUACUUCAUGAUCAAGCCAGAGAUCAUGAAGUCAAACAAAAUAUUGAAACUAAAUUGAAAGAGACAGAAGACAGUAUGUUAAAACAAAUUGAAAUGAUUUCAGGGUUUUCAUUAUAA